AUUGGACUUUCCGUCAUAGUCUGAUAAGAUACCUACGAGUAUAAAAAAGAUUCUACCCAACAGUUUACUUUAGUUUCAAUUUUCCGUUAUCGUUGACAACAAACAAUUUAAAAAAUGGCAGCAUACUAUUGGGUUGACACAACUGCUCGCGGUGGAGUACCAUCUUCAGCUCUCCGUGGAGGCACUGACGUCGACGGCUACGAAAUCUAUGUUGGCAGAGCUCACUAUGAAGGAGACUGGCUUCCAGCAAAAGUAAUUCCAGGCAAAGAUAUCGCCUACGUAUCUUACAAUGGAUCCGAGAUUGGAGUUCACCGCUUCCAGGUUCUGUGCGAACAACAAUUCGACUGGGUACCAUGUCACGGCGGUAACAUUCCACCAGACGCAGUGGAAGGAGGUAGAACGUCCGAUGGAGAACCUUUAUACAUUGGCAGAGCUUACCACGAAGGUUCCCAAACAGUAGGAAAGGUUCACCCAAGUCACGGUUGUUGCUACGUACCAUUCAACGGAGGCGAACACAGCCAUUCCAACUAUGAAAUCUUGGUUCUCAGUGCAACAUUCUUAAGUGGAAACUUUAAAUCUACAGAUUUUUAUGUCGAUUCUGGAUGCAGCACGCAUCUUACAGCGAGAAAAGAUUGGUUGACAAAUAUCCGAGAUGCAAGUUCGUCCAAUAUAACUGUGGCUAACAGUGAAAGUUUGGAAGUGAAAUGUGCUGGUGAUAUGAUGGUAACCACAAUUGUCGAUAAAAAGAGAUUAGAGGCAGAAAAUAAUUACGUUUGGGUUGACACAAGGAACCCUUGGGACUUUCCAGGUAAUGCUGUACGUGGAGGCACUGACGCUAAUGGUGAUGAAAUCUAUGUUGGCAAAGCUUUACAUCAAGGAGACUGGCUUCCAGCAAAAGUUAUCCCAAACAAAAAUUGCGCUUAUGUAUCGUACAGUGGACGCGAAAUUCGACUUCAGCGCUUCCCUAAUAACACAAAACAUUCCAUGAAUAACAAAAGUUUAACCACCUUCACACCACAGAAUCAAGCAAUCAAGUUACACAAAUUUUCAAACACCUCACCUGACACAGCGUCUCAAGUACGAUUGCGCGAAUUGGUAAAUAUAACUCUGCACGACCACGCAACUCGAAACACAAGUACGCAAACACGGUUGCGUGAAGCGUGGCUCGCAAUCGUGAAAUUUACGAGACUUGCUCGACCUGUAGAUUCUUGUGGAAGUCGGCCGCUGAGAGAUUUACUAAGCUUUCCCUAUCACGGCUGGAUACAACCACUCAGCCGAUUUCUGCUGGCAGCCAGCCGCUAUGGUCGUCCGAACGCACCCCUUAAAAUUCGUCAUCUUAAAGUUAUGUGUAAAAAUAAAGAAAAAUUCACCUGGGUACCAUGUAAGGGCAAUAAUAUUCCAUCGAACGCAGUAGAAGGAGGAGAAACAGCCGAUGGAGAACCUUUAUACGUUGGCAGAGUUAUUCAUAGAAGUUCACAAACAGUUGGAAAGGUGCAUCCAAGUCACAGUGUCUGCUAUAUACCAUUUGGCGGACGCGAACUUAACUUUGGUAAUUACGAAAUAUUAGUCAAGAGAAAUUAAUUUCUUUAAGGUUACUUAUAUUUGCCUACCCAUAUUUUUUUGAGUCUGUUUCCAAACAUCUUUUUUUAAAUACAAAAUUAUAAACAAAUGUAA